UUUAAAACAGCACUCAGUCAUUUUGCGUUUCAGCUGUUGGUUCCUCAUUAAUGAGCUCUGAAUGGCUGCAAAGCCCCUCCACCCCCUCAUCCAUCAGCCAGCCAGUUAAAGUCGUUCUGAUAGCAGGCACUACUGUGGGUUCUGCAGAAGCAGGAGGUCUGUGCACGAUGCAGCAGUGUGCCCGUCCCACUGGGCUGUCGGAGCUCCGGUGAGUUCUGCUGCUUCACACCACAGCACUGAAGGGAACCCAGCGCCUCAUCUGCAGAGCUGAGCGCGCUGUCCGGACUCAAGAGCUCUGCCAGGAAGCUGUGUUUCACUGCUGCAUCAUGGAGGCCCAGACUGGUGCAUCAUGGGAACUAAUCAGUGGUGUGACAGACACAAUAUACUGAAGGGACAUCAUGGAGAUGAGCACCUCUAGCCCAACCACCACUGACUGGGUAGGCACUGGUCCAGCUGGCCUGGAUGGCAUGGAGGUCUAUCAGGAGCACGGAGGAGGAGAAGGUGGAGGUGCCCCGUCCGUUGGUCCGGUCUCCUGGUACAUGCCAUACUCUCUGAGCUUCCAGGUGUCGCUCACCGCCUUCCUCAUGCUAGAGCUGGUGUUGGGUUUCAGCAGCAACCUGACUGUGCUGGUGCUCUACUGUUCCCAGUCCAAUCUGGUGGACUCAGUGAGCAACAUGGUGACGGUGAACCUGCACGUGCUGGAUGUGGCGGUGUGUGUGCUUUGUGUGCCCCUCACCCUGGUGGUUGUUCUUUUGCCGCCAGGACCAAACCUGGCCUUGCUUUGCUGCUUCCACGAGGCGUGUGUUACAUUUGCGAGCAUCGCCACGGCCAUCAACAUCCUGGUGAUCAGCUUGGAUCGAUACGACAUCUCAGUACGACCGGCUAACAGGCUGCUGACGACACGCAGGGCAGCGCUGCUCCUAGCUGGUGUCUGGAUCACUUCGGUCGCUGUGUUUUUCAUGCCCUUCUUAGAGGUGCAGUGGUCUGGUUCUGAGGAAACGGAGAAAAAGAGGCAGGAUGCCUCGGCAUCUUCAUCCUCGUAUGGUUUUAGCAGCACGACAGUCCCAGCGUGGCCUAACAGGACUCUCCUUUGUGUUGGCGGUCAGGGCUAUCGCACAGGCCUGGGAAUGUAUUACCAUCUCAUCCUGCAGGUGCCCAUCUUCUUCACCACUGUGGCAGUCAUGUUGUUUACCUACUCCAGAAUACUGAGGGCUUUAAACAUCCGUAUUGGCUCCCACAUGAGGAAGAGUCAGAGGCUCAGGGGCCGACACAAGAAACAGAAGAAGAGGAAGACGGGGUUUAGGAUGAAUGAUGGGGAGGAGGCAGGAGAAUCGUGCGCUGGAGAUGGAACGAAACAGCUCAGCCAUCCUCCCCUCAUCCCAUCCCCAACUCCCACUCCAACAGCUACCUCACCCCCUGCCUUGUCCUCUGCCGCUCCACUUGUCACCUCUGACAUGGGGGCUGCUGCUCCCCUGCCGGCCACCGUGGGCGUCCAGGCCUCCGUGUCGGCAAUUAUAGCUCUGCGCCGGGCUGUUCGACGCCACCGUGAUCGACGGGAGCGCCAGAGGCGGGUUUUCAAGAUGUCCCUCAUCAUCAUCACAACCUUUCUGGGAUGCUGGGCUCCCCUCUCUGUGACCAACAUGCUAAUCCUGGGCAUUGGUCCCAGCGACGUCCUGGUCAGCUUGCGCCUCUGGUUCUUAGCCCUGGCGUACGGCACCACUGUUUCACACCCCUUGCUGUAUGCGUUUACGCGUCAGAAAUUACGCCGUGCCCUUCGUGCAAAAGUUAAAAAAAGAGUGGUGUCCCUGCUCCAGGUAGAUCCUUCACCAGGUGGCACGGUGAUACACAACUCCUGGGUGGAGAACAGAAAAACCAGCCGACAGCUGCGGCUGGAAGCUAGAGAAGGUGCUGACCGCCGCCUGGCAGAGGCCCUGUGAGACUUAGGAUAAUUAAAAACCAGAAAAGAGCCACAGGUGUGCGCUAUAAUGAAACCCACUGAUGUGAGAAGCCAGUGUAAGAAAAGAACAAAAUGCAUUUUUACCUCUGGGAGAUGUUUCAAUACAAACACCAGCACAGCUACCUUCACCUCAGGCGAUAUUUACAGCAGGACGCUGCCGUCACCGUGGUGCACGCUGCUUCCGCAGCCGAAGAGAAUCAUUCAACAAACAAGCGGGGGACACACGACCUGUUCUCUGUCAAAGGCUGAGGUCUAUUUACAUUCAGAGAUGUCCUUAUGUAACUGUCCCAAAGAAUGUGUUUAUCCAGACCAGGAGACAUAAUCUGCCUCCCACUCAAAAGAUCGAAAGCAGCAUUUCAAAACAACAUUCAUUCAUUUCACAUACAUAUUCUUGAAUGUGUUGAAUAUUAAUCCUGCUUUUAGUUUUUUUGAAAUAGCUCAGUGUUUAAUUCUGAAGGAGAGGAAACCUGAGAGCUUAGCGACUGCUUCACGCAAAACUUUACAGGGAAGGAGAAGUAUCAUGUGUAGAGUGUGAUUUUAGCUCGUGUAGUCAUUAGGAAGUCAAAUGUUGUGUUUAAAUGAGAUUUCGCAACAAUUGUUGAUAACAUGCAACCUUUAUUUCUUCCUAGUUUUAUAAAAAUAUGGUGUAACAUCUUGUUUGGUAUUGCAGAGUAGCUGAUUGGUCUUCCUCCACCAUUCGUUUUAUUUUUGUAAGCUAACCUACAGCGAUUUACUGUAGAUUAAGUGUAAACAUAUAAAUCCUUUGAUCUCUGAUAUUGAAAUAAAAACGAAACCUAAAUAGUGUCAAAUAUGCUGAACUGUGGAGCUCGAUCAACAUGUUGAUGUGUGACGACGAAAAACCGGAUAUUUGCAGAGCAGAUGAGGUGUUAAGUGUUUUUAUUUUUUUUUUGCAUGCUAAAGGCAUGUGCUGAUUUCGUAGAGAACAUUUUGUAAAUACUAGAUUGUAAUUAGUUUUAUGUGAAAUCUACAAUCAAAGACGCUUUUGCAAAUGAGAGAAAACAUUCACACCCUUUUAUGGGAUCAGUGAUGUGAUGUUUCUGGUCAGCUCGUUUUUGGAAAAUAUUUACAGCAAAAAAAAAAAAAAAAAAUCCAAAUAGUAACCAUUACAUCAAUCAGGUAAUCAAUGAUUGAUUCAUGAAAUAUGUGUGUGCUAUUGAUAGCCUCACUCUAGGGGCAUGUGAUUUUCACCUGAGAUGAUCAAGUUUUUAAAUGUAAAAAA